AUGAAUAAGCAGCUCAAGGGCCGAGAGCUUCUAACCUCGCUCACAGAUCAAAAGUCCCUGGGUCAGACUUCAAGUUCCGAUUCCUCAAGGUCAGAUUCAAACCCGGAUGACACUGUUCAGGCACAGGCCGGGACAUCAAAGAAGACUCAAUCAGUCGCCGAUGCAGAUGCGCAGCUGCGGGAGCGAUUGGAGAAAAUGUCAGGAGAAGGGGGAGCUGCGGGAAUUGAAUAUGAAGAUGGAAAGCCCAGCGCUAUGAAACGGGGUGUGCGAAAUAAUAUGUUCAGACUAAUCUGA